CUGCUGAGUCAGUAAAUCAGUGGCAGCGCUUGUGAGCUCUCAAGGAUGCCUCACGGUUCAGGAUCGCGGGGAGGUGGUCAUCAUGGCGGCGGCGGUGGCGGAGGUUUCCAUCAUCACCGUCAUCAUCAUCACUACGGUGGCCGUCGCCAUUACGGCAGCUAUUCCAACACGAUUUUUAUCGGAAGAGGAGGAGGAUGCACUGCACGCUGUUGGCAGAUUUUCAUAGCAAUUGCUAUAGUUCUCUGCUUGAUCGGCCUCCUUGUUGCCGGUUUGGUCAUCCGAUUCGUUCACUAUGGUUCACACGACCAGGUUAUGGCUCCUCAAGACCAAAUUCCACUCGCAACGUCAACCUACUUCUGUGAGGGUGUUCAAGCCCAAGACAAGUACGACUAUGGUUUUAUCUACCUCUACGUUUUCCCUCACACUCCACCUCUCACUCUAUGGCAAAAAUUCAAUGUGAAAGAAGAGUUCACUGUCGCUUCGAACAAUUACAAGUACUGGUCUUUCUACAUGAAUCACGGCUCCCAAGUCAAUGUGUCAUUAUGUGCUCAGCCGGGCAUUGGUCUGUACGUGUUGAAAGGGAAAGACAAUUUUGACAAGUGGAAGAAGGACGAUGACUAUGACAGUGUGUCAUACUCCUAUUACUCUGGUCCAUGUUCGAAUGGCAUAAACGGUUUCAAUCCCAUUCGUGUUAGAUCUGGAGGUGAAUACUAUUUCGUGUUCGAGAGUAAGACAUCGGUGCAGUCGGAUAUCAACAUGACACUGGCCUUCAAUCGUACCAUGUACAACGUCUCGGCCGUGUCGGGAAAAAUGUGUCAUGCUAACCCGACUUGUUCGCUGCCGCUUAGCUAUGCAUCGAGUCAGUUUACCUUGAUAGUUACAAACGGCACCGUUCAGUCGGAUGAGAAUGUUGACAGUCAGUGGGCGUGUAGUUCGCGCGACUGGUUCUACGGCGUCACUUUCGGAAUUGUUUCUGGAGUAUUGCUUGUGGUGGCUAUCGGAAUUGUGUUACAAUGCUGGAUCAAGCAUGGCCAGCAUCGAACUGGUUCACCACCGCUGCUUGUGUCUACCUAUGGUCAUACUGGAGGAAUAAGCACAUCGCUAACAACAACCACUUUACCAGCCGGUUCUGACCCACCGAACUACGAACAAGCCCAAAAAAUGUAAUUUUUAGAAAUUGCUGGUAACGUGUCUUUAGUAUUGGAUGUUGAUUGUGACACGGUGUUUGUAUUUUAUAGACAUGCCGUCUACUCGUUAUACAUUUUGAUUAGCACUGGGUGGACAUGUGUUAUCUGUGUUAUUUGUAUUAUAUACACAUAUAUGGGUGUCACUCAAAAAAUACAUACAUACAUACAUA